UACACACCUUUUUCCAUGGAGUAAUUAAGGCCUGCCUCAGAGUGAGAGAGCACUCCCUGCCCAGCUGUGCAAGGGAAAGCUGACACCACAACCACCACCAGCAAGCAUGAAGCUAUUGGGGAUUGCCUAUUUCCUAGCUGUAUGCUGUAUUUGCACUUUGGGGGAACAUAAUACUACAGACAAUACCACCAAGGCAUCCUUUACCAUAUUAACAUCAAUAUCGGCUGUGAACACAUUCACUUCACAAGUGACAACACUGCAGUCACCAGCACUGAAAACAAUUGCAAGAGAAGCUACAAAUGAAUCUGUCACAACCAGCUCAACCCCUUCAACUAACACUACACAACAGACAACACAAGGUACAACAACACAACCACCAGUAAAAACUUCCCCCACAGUGGACGAUAAAACUAACAGCACAAUAAACACUACACAAGCAAAUGAAACACAAUCAGCACAAAAUGGGACUUUGGCUGCUUCAUCUACCAAGGGACCCUCCUUGCUUCCUACAACUGCUCAACAAAAAACAACUUUUGCUCCUGAAACCUCAAGCCUUCCUGUGAAGUCCACAGCAGGACCAAAAAGUUUUAGCAGUCCUGGAAGCAGCUCUGGAGAAGAGAAAAUGCCAGAGGAUACCAUCCAUUAUUCUAGUGUUAUCUUGCCAAUUGUGAUCACCUUGAUAGUAAUCACCCUUUCUGUCUUCUCUCUGGUGGCUUUGUACAGAAUGUGCCAGAAGAAAACACCAGAGAGACAAGAGAAUGGAACUGAACAGCCCCAAUCAGACAAAGAGGGCGUGAAACUUCUUUCUGUAAAGACAACUUCUGCUGAGACUGUUUUUGUAGAAGUGCGUGAUUUAUAUGAGGUUGGCUUCUCACUGCCCUCUGCUAAUCUAUAUGAGCUCACAACUCCUACUCCAACAGGAGAGGUGUCACAAGGCAGGACCACAGGAGAGCACUCAUCUCAGGGGAAGAAUAAAACUCGACAACGUGAUGAUUCUUCUUCACACAUCAACAAUAAAUAUAUGUGAAGCAGCCUGUUUUAUCACUGUGUGCAAGAACUUCCCAGCAAAGCUGCAGUUUCACAGGAAAUGUGGAGCAGCUGAAGCUUCUAACCAGACAGGACACUUGUGUUAAUGACCAGCUCUUAACUUCCAAAUCUUAAGUGCCUCCUGUUCUUCUGGAAUGAUAUGUGCUUUUUCGAUGGCAUAAUAACUGAUCUAUCUUAUGUAUUUAUUAUUUCCACAUAUAGUAAAAGCUGGAAAACUUUCAAGAAGGAUGAAAAUAAUGUAGAAAACAGGUGAAGUUUGGCUAGUAAUUAUUAAAAAUGUUUUCUACAUGUACAGGAGGUAAUACAUUAACAUACUUUCUUCAACUUUUUUUAGAUAGGGUUCUUUUAAUUGUAUGUAGCAAAAUGCAAACAGGGCCUGACCCUUGAAACAAUACUGGGCAAAUUGCCACUACAAUUAAUUCAGUGAUUUCCAUGAGACUCCUCACUAUAGCACACACUUUGCUUGUCGUAAAUGUUUACAGGAGGGGAUGCCUGGAUGAAAUGCUGAAGUGUGUGCUUUUUUUCUGUGAAGGGGAGGAAUAUAUCUUGCACUGAGUUUUUUUUCUAUAAAUUGCUGAUAUGGUCCUUGUAAUGUAGCAGGCAAUAUAGUUUAUUUUCACCUUUUCCUUGGCUAAUCCCUGCAUUAUGUGUGCUGUAUAUACAUAUAGUCUUCUCUAUAACCUGUGGUGCACAGUAGGGAUCAGUGGGAUAAACAGCUUUACAGACAAACUUUCUUCCCUGUGUUGAGAGUAAUGAUUGGGAUUCCUGUUGCAACUCUGGAAGUUUAAAGAAUGCUUCAAAUGAUAAUUACAGACUAUCUUAAUUUAUAUGGGGCUGGCACUUCAAAAAUAUUGAGUACAGCUUUUACCUGCAUGUAUCCUGCUUUUCUAGAAGUAUAAAUGUUUGAAAAUUAUAUUAACAGGGGCAUCUGCUCAGUCUCAGUCCACUGACUCUGGCAGUCUGUUGAGAAGCUCCAUUGAUUUAUUGGGAAAUGAAAAGGAGACAAUCAGUGGUGUAAAUAUGAGACCAAGAGUCAGGAAUUCCUGAACAAUAAUCUAAGUUUUUGCUACUGUGCUUUUGAGGAACCUCUCAUCGUCUCUUACCAGUUUCCCUCUCUUAACUAGUGAAACAUACCUAGCUGUCUGGUAAGAGAUUGAGCAGAUUUGUUAGUUCAUGUUUAUACACAGGAUUGUUCAUGUCUGUAUACUGGACCAUUUCCACUUUCAUGGGUUUAAUGCUCUGUCUUAGAGGCACCAAGAUAAACUUUUGAUGAAGCUCUGUGAAAGAUGGGGAACCAACAAUUGUGCUACAUGCUGCAGCUGCACUUUUAUGGUUCAUUCAAGUAUUCCUGGAUCACUUGCAUUGCUCAGGAACAGAGGAGUCUUUGACGCCUACUUUGGAAAGGUCAGGACAUCUAAAACACAUUAUUUAGCAUCUAUAUCUAUUCAGAUUCCUGAUUGCUGAAAUUCCCCAUGAAGAAAAACAAUCAUUGUGGAUUUUCAUGAUGAUUAAAUAUAUAUAUAUAUAUAUAUAUAUGUAUGUAUGUGUGUGUGUGUGUAUAUAUAUAUAUAUAUAUAUAUAUAAAAUAGAAUGUUGAAUCCUACUGAAAGAACAGUAGAAAGGAGCAGAGAAACAUUAUGAAAAUAAAUAUAUUUGUUUCUGUAAAGCUUGUUUGGAAACUACCAGUGUGUGUGUCAAGAAAAAUUAACUGCGUAUUAAAAGUUAUUCUUUCUAUUAA